UUCUCUGCCCCCCCCCCACAAUCUCCCCUCCCCAAAUGUUAGCUGCAAUUUAACCCAGACCGCCGAAUCCAGAGUUAUCCUCGGGCGGAUUCCAUUCGAGUCCGUCUGCUGUUCGUGCGCUGUCAGCGACUUCUCUGAAUCCCAAGCGACUGAGGCAGAUUCAUUCCAUGGGGCGUCUCACCCAUCCGACAUCUUAUACUUCGAAAGGGGACUCUUUUGUGGAGACGAAGAUUUGGCUCCGGUAGUAACAGACGCCGUCCUAAAAGAGGUGGAAUGUUGUAACUAAGAUGUUCGUGAGAUUUUAGAUGGCUAAGCUCAGAAAGAGUGGAGGAAUUCACAGUAGAACAAAGAAGUGCAGUCGAAUCAGUGAAAGACUUCACACAAAUACUGGCCAACUGUGCAAAUCAAUAAGAAACAAACAAUAAAUAAAUAAAUAAUCAAAUAACACUGAGAACAUGAGUUGUAGAGUCCUUAAACGUGAGUCCAUGGAUUGUGGAACCAGGUCGGUGUCGAGGUGAUGUAUCUCCAAUACCAAUGAUGCCGAUUGCUCAGUCACAGUUUGUACCCCUGACAGAAGUUCUUUGCUGCGUUAUCUCUGAGAUGAACGAGAGUCAUGUUACAGUGACCCAGGAAGCCUUGAUGGAUUAUUUGGUCAAAUGCUAUCCAGGUAUAGCAUCGCCUUCCCAGGAAAUCCUUCAUAAUGCUCUGGGCAGCCUGAUCCGGGACAGGAAGGUUUAUCACACUGAGGAAGGGUACUUCAUCGUCACCUCACACACAUACUUCAUUACUGGGAACGCGGGGAAGCAGAACCGCUCCUGGAUGCUGAGUGGGGACCAGGUGCCCCCGCUGCCUCCUGUCACCUACCUGGUGAGUGUGGAGAGCUGCGAGGACACACUGAGGGGGAAAGCCCUCCCUGGAGUAGCUCUCUGCGAAUCCUGCUGCUGCUUCAAUGCACAGAAGCUGGACGCCCAAGACAGGGGGAGCUGCAGGGAGCCCAAGCCCUCCGUCCAGCACCGGGCUACCUCCACGGCAGGUCCCCAGGGUGCCGAGCUAAGCAGGUCCAAAGAGAAAGGAAACCCCAUCCGAAAGUUUGGACUUGGCCUGUUCCGCCGAAACACAAAGAAGGAAAGUUCUAAGAGAGAGUAUGGGACCUUCUCGGCCCAAUUCCCUCCAGAGGAGUGGCCUGUUAUCGAUGAGAACAGCCUGGGGGACAUUCCUCGAGACGUCGAGCUCCAAAUCAUCAAACGCAUCAACCCCGGGCUCACAGUGGACAACCUCAUCAGGCACACUCUGCUGAUGAAGAAGCUGGCGAGGGAGAACCCCGCGGCAUGUCGCGGCAGCUCGGCUGAGUUGUUGGCCCGUAAGCGGAGGCAUCGCUCGAGGGGCAGCCCGCGUAAGGUGCCGGCCGGAGCACAGCAGCAUCAGCAGCGGGUCAGGUCGGCUCGGCUGAAGCGCAGGGGAUCGCUUCAGACCCAUUCCGCGGAGGGUCUGCCCAGGCUGGCAGGGGGGCCCAGCGCAAAGGAAGCUCUGAAGGCCAGAAGGAGCAAGAGGGAGCAGUCCUGGGAGCAAACAGCACAGGUCGACACCCCGACUGCGCAUGUCCACAAGAGAAGAAUUGACAAUCCUUUCUCCAGGUUGCCUCCCAGAGACCUCUCCUCAGUCAAGCAACACGGCUCUCAGAACCCCCGGCUCAAGACCCUGAGGAUGGAGAGGCACAGCAGGGCAGCACAGGUGUCACAGUGUCUCAAUCCAACCGGAGCCAAGGGUGCUGACCCGCUGGGGGAGGGUUCUCAGGGGAGCAUCAAACCCAGUGGGAGCUGCUGUCUCCCUUCAGCAGAGGAGAACUCGAUGGGCCGUCCAGAGAGUUGUACUGGAGGGAAGGAGCACAGGCAGCUGGGUUACACACGCCCUGGGCUCCGAGCAGACUGCCGACCCCAGGAUCGCCCGAGGAAGGUCAAGAUACCUGCGGUGCCCGAGGUGAAUCACCAGUCGAAACACUGCCAUCCUGCCCAGUAUUCAGGAUCGACCCACCAAGAGCAGGAGCAAGCCCGGCAGGAGGUGAACCACGACCACCUCGAUGGCCCUCUCCCUUGUAGCUGGCAGGAAAGCCCUACAGCCUCUGCCCUCCGUGCAGCAGGGAGCUCAGGGAGUGUGGAGAGAGCCCUGCCUCACCGAUCGAGCACACAAGGGCAAGUCAAAGAGGAGGACGCCGGGGCAGCCAUCGUGCCGGAGGUUGGUGGGGAGCAGAGUGAGACCUUUACUGAUAACGAUGAGACUCUGUACCAGGGGGAGCUGGAUGAAGAUGAUGCCUGCAGUUCACUUUACCUCAAUGACGAUGAUGACGAAAUCACACAGCUGUCCAGCCCUCCCCUUGCCCUCAGCUUUGUUAGUCAAACAGACUGGCAGCAGCCUGACCUGGAAGGUUCAUCAGCCGGGCUGUCCAGUGAGGACUGGGCUCUGACCAGGAUCCUGCUGGACGAACCGCAAACUGCAAACUCUAAGUUUUGCACACAGCAACCAACGGGCUGGCUGGAAGGGAGUAAUGGAAGCCUCGGACCAUCCAAGCCCUGGUCUGAGAACGAGCCCUAUGCACAAAUGCACAACCAUCGGUUAACGUCACAGCUGGGGUAUGACCACCUGGAGGAAGCAGAGCAUCCGGGCGGGCAUAGAGGCCUGACAAGCAGUGUGUUUAAUUACUGUGACGCGGCAGGUGCUGACUCUGAACCAGAAACGCUCCCUAACCCUCCCCGUGAAGGUGAUGGAAACCCAGAUGGCCACAAGCUCUGGGCAGUGCAUCGAGGGAUAAAAACCCAGCUGAGGGCCGUGGACCCUGACGUGGAGUUUGUUCCCCAUUCACACAAUGUUGCAUUAUCACAGACAAGUCAAGAGGAGCACAGUCACCUGGAGAUGCUGGAGAAUAAAAGCAUUACCGGAGACAGUGGCAUCGAUUCACCUCGGACCAGGGUGAGUUUGGCAUCAAACAAUUCCAUUGUCCUCAGCAACCUGAAGAGGCAGAGCUUGAUGCUGAAUUUCGGGACCCUCAGCAACAGUGGGCGAAGCGGGGUUUUGUCUCAGCAUCCUCUGCUACAGCUCACACCAGUAAUGAACGUUUGAUUGACAGACACACUCUCCAGCCAAUGAACGCAAAGUAUGAGAUGAAUCUCUUGCCCGGUCUGUGUAUUAAGCUGUCUGCACUGGGAAUCAGUUCUGUAUUACACAGCUUUUAUUAAUCAACUCUUUUACACGUGGCCUUUUAAUCAUUUCUACUUGAGACUUAUUUGUUUUAGUGGGGAAAAAACUACAGUUACUACUUAUUAUGGGUUACUACUAUUAAGAAGUGUUGGUAUGAAAAUACUU